AACCUGAUUGGCUGAAUUCACAGUGAAAACACCUGAUUGGAGGAUCAGAGUCAAACUGAAAGUGAAACUCACACAGUGUUUGUGUCUGAGAGGAGAAAUGUCGCAGUUAGGAGUUUAUCUGGAUCAAGAAACCUUCAGCUGUUCCAUCUGUCUGGAUCUUCUGAAGGAUCCAAUGACUGUUCCCUGUGGACACAGCUACUGCAUGAAGUGUAUUCAAGGAUUCUGGGAUGAAGAGGAGAGAAUCUACAGCUGUCCUCAGUGCAGGAAGACCUUCACACCGAGGCCUGUUCUGGUGAAAAACGCCAUGUUGGCAAAUAUAAUGGAGCAGCUGAAGAAGACUGGACUCCAAGCUGCUCCUGCUGAGGACCACUAUGCUGGACCUGAAGAUGUGUCCUGUGAUGUCUGCUCUGGAAGAAAACUGAAAGCCAUCAAGUCCUGUUUGAACUGUCCGGCCUCUUACUGUGAGAAACACCUUCAGCCUCAUUUGGAUGCAGCUCCAUUAAAGAAACACAAGCUGGUGGAACCCUCCAAGAACCUGCAGGAGAACAUCUGCUCCAUUCAUGAUGAGGUGAUGAAGAUGUUCUGUCGUACAGAUCAGAAGUGUAUCUGUUACCUCUGCUCUGUGGAUGAACAUGAGGGACAUAAAAUAGUCUCAGCUGCAGCAGAAAGGACGGAGAAGCAGAGAGAUCUGGAGGAGAGUCAACAACAAAUCCAGCAGAGAAUCCAGGACCGAGAGAAGGAGGUGAAGCUGCUUCAACGGGAGGUGGAGGCCAUCAAUCACUCUGCUGAUCAAACCGUGACGGACAGCGAGAAGAUCUUCAGUGAGAUGAUCCAUCUCAUCCAGAAAAGAAGCAGUGAUGUGAAGAAAAAGAUCAGAUCCCAGCAGCAAACUGAAGUGAGUCGAGUCAAAGAUCUUCAGGAGCAGCUGGAGCAGGAGAUCACUGAGCUGAAGAGGAGAGACGCUGAGCUGAAGCAGCUCUCACUCACAGAGGAUCACAGCCAGUUUCUGCUCCACUACCCCUCACUGCCACCACUCAGAGAGUCCACAUCCAGCAUCAACGUCCGUCCUCUGAGAUACUUUGAAGAUGUGACAGCAGCUGUGUCAGAGCUCAGAGACAAACUGGAGGACGUUCUGAGAGAGGAACGGACGAACAUCUCACUCACAGUCACUCAUGUGGAUGUUUUACUACCAAUACCAGAACCAAAGAGCAGAGCUCACUUCUUCAGAUAUUCAUGUCAAAUCACACUGGAUCCAAACACAGCACACGCACUACUGUCCUUAUCAGAGGAGAACAGGAAGGUGACACGAAUGAAACGACCUCAGUCUGUUUCUGAUCAUCCAGACAGAUUUACUGACUGGUUUCAGGGUUUGAGUAGAGAGAGUCUGACUGGACGUUGUUACUGGGAGGUGGAGAAGACAGGAAACUAUAUUUAUAUAGCAGUCGCAUACAAGAACAUCAGCAGAUCUGGAGAUAAAAGUAGACUUGGUUUUAGUGACAAAUCUUGGUCAUUAGUUUGUUCUUCGAACUCUUUCUCAUUUUACCACAACGGCAUAAAAACCUCCAUCUCAGCUGCUGGUUCCUCCAGGAUUGGAGUGUACCUGGACCACAGUGCAGGUGUUCUGUCCUUCUACGGCGUCUCUGAAAGCAUGACUCUCCUCCACAGAGUCCAGACCACAUUCAGUCAGCCGCUCCAUGCGGGACUCUGUGUGUUUGGUGUUUAUGGAGACACAGCAGAGUUUUGUCAACUCAAAUAGUCCCUGAAGUUCAUGAAGGAAGUGAAAAGCUUUAGUGAUUUCUCUGCUUUAGAUGAUAUGGAACUAAACUGUGUAAUAUCCUGUGGAGUUGUGAUUAUAGUCAGAAAUGAAAAAUCUGAAGAAAAUUUUGUACACGCAUCUAAAGCUUUUUGGAGUCCAAUCAGUUUUCUUGUCGUUUCUUUAAAAUUGGGAUUUGACACAUUUUUUGUUCAUGCUUUUGUGUUGUUGUCAUGUGAAAUAAAGGAAGCGGCAACACAAAUGGAA